UGCCUGUCUCCUUGUCCCACCACCACGGCGAAGACUAGUAGUAGUAGUAGUACAACUGCCGCUAGGGCCCGGCCCGGCCCAUCCCCACUUUAUCACCUCUCUCUUCCUUCCUUGCAUCCAUAAAGAAAAAGAAACAAAGUUGUUGUUCACUCACUUUGCUCCCCCUAUUAAAGCCCUCCAUCCAUCUCCUCCAUGCCAAUGGCCGUGCAGGUGUGAGGGGAGAGAGAGAGAGAGAGAGUGAGGGGAUUCGUAGGAGAAACUUUUGGAUGGUGGUGGAUAUGGAGGAGGAGAAGAAGAAGCUGGCGGCGGUGGUUGGGGUCACGAGGCGGCACGUGAUAAGCAGCGGCUCCGGCUCCUCCCUCUCAUCGCCUCCUUCGUUGCCUCCCCCUGCUGCCGCCGCUGACAGCAACAACAUAAUCGAGAGCGAGGGCGGAGAUCAUGUCGCCGAACUCAACCGUAAGAAGGGGAAAAAACCCAAGCCCCUCAAGUGGAGAUCAACCAACAGCGACAUGAACAAUCGUCGCGACGGCGAGGCCGAAGAAGGUUCCGACGGAGGCCGCGACGACACGGUCCUCUCCUCGCUGACCAGAUCCACCACCGGCUGCGGCAGCCUGAUCGGGAGGAAGAGGGCGAGGACCCUCGGAAAGGUAGCUGAGGACUGUGAUGCUGUGGACCCGCCGGUUCCUAGGAAAUUGAGAUCAGCCAUAAUCAAGCGCGUCGGUCAGACUGUUCCUUCAUCGCCGCGGCAUGCCAAGAAGAGACGCCAUCUUUCAGCUAUCAGUGCUCAGAUUUUCCACAUGGAUCAUGAAACAAGAACCGAUGAUUCCAUGCCAUCGAAUUCUUUCACGGAAGAGGAGGAAGUACUUGCUGAUACUUUGCUAGCACUAUCCCAAAUAGCCCCACCUUCUGAGCCAACAGCCGACACGGCGACGGAGCGAGAUAUCUCAAACACAAAUGUUGCCUCAACUUCUUGUUCAGAAGGUGUGAUCACUCCUACAGGAGCUAUCAAGGAGGAUGACAAAAUAACUUUGUUGCCAACUGAUGCUAACAAAGUGGUUCCGCAGUCUGGCUUUGCAGAUCAACAAGUGGAACCAGCUGCUACUUCUAGUGUUCCACAACUAAAGCCUGCUCUAGGUGCUCCUCGCAUCAGCAUAAAUCCCGAUCUUCCCAAAGAUGGACAGAUACAGGACCUUUCUUUGGGACUUUUUGCGAAUUCGUCAAGUCCACCUAAAGAAUCAUUCAAUAAAAGCGCUUGGAAGAAGCCGAAGGCACAUUUUGAUGGUAGUCUAAGUCUAACUAACCACACAAACAAGGAGGCUCCUCACUGGCUGAUGAAUCACAAUAAAUCUGGCUUUGCGGUACAUGACAGAACAAAAUAUGAGAAUAACAGUGCCAAAGAAGUUACGCCUGCCAUCCAGGCUCCGCUACCUUGUACAUCAACUGGGUCUUCGAAAAAGCCCUCUUCAAGUAUAUUGAGUGGAUGCACAAUAUCUGGCACUGAAAUUACUACAGCCUGGGCAACUGCAAAUAAUGACAAGCUUUCCCUUCCUGUAAACGGUGGCCCUGCAAAGACAUGGAAGAGAAGUGUUAACCAUGUCUAUGUGAGCCAUCUCAUCCAAAACCAUUUGGACAAAGAGAAGGCAUCACAAAACCAAGUAAUCGCCCAGGAAAGAUCACGCAGCCGCAUUUCGAGCUCUCCAAGCGGCUCCACAUUGAAUAAGAAUGGCAUGCAUUUCGACGCAAGGAUCCCAGUUCAGCCUUCCGUCGGGGUUUGCGACAUGGCUCCUGGCCGGCAAGCAAUGGUGAGCAACGAUUUCAUGAACAUGCCCACCUCGGCGGCGUUCUCGGGGCCGCAGUAUGUUCAGUAUAUACAUCCCCAGAUGAUCACCGCCCACCGCGGUCCGGCGCCGUAUCCGUCGUAUUCGCAUCUCCCUUGUAGCAGCAGAGGGAAUGUGGCGCCCGCGAUGUCGAUCCAGCAGCAGCAGAUGCAGCAGUACAUGUGCAGCCCGGGCUACGCGCCGCACCCCGGCGCGCCGGCGGGCCAGGGCGCCGUGAAGCUCCAGCAGUUCGCGCCGACUCCGCAGCAGCAGCAGCAGCAGCAGAUGUGGCAGUUCCAUUUCUCCCAGUACCAGCCGAGGCAGGCAGCGGAGGGCGCUGCCGCGGCGUGGCAGAACGGCCGGCUCCGGGACGUGCCGUCGUCCGGCUCCAUGCGGCCGAUGCAGGCGCUCCAUGCUCCCCCGGCGAUGGCGCCGCCGCAGAUGGAGCUCCUCUGCGGGCCGUACCAAGGCGGCGGCGGCGGGGCCAGGCGGCCGCCGCAGCUGAGGCUGAUCUAGCGGCGAGUGAUGUGUGUAGAUCUUAAGGAAAGGAGAUGGUCGGUCCGUGGCGCCGCGUUUACUUUGACUUUGACGACAGAGGGUGGUUCUGAGAAAAAUUAUAGCGGUGGUGUGAUGUGACAUGGGAGCGGCUGAGGCCGGGAGGGGGACAAAUUUAACUGUGAUUAGCAUAAUUUUAUGUUCAUUGACCCGUUUAAAAGUUUUAAUAAUGUGAAAAUUGGGGAUACUGUA